AUGGGCAUCAGACGUUGGAACUCUAUCUUUGGAUUUAUUUUUGGUUUAUUUUUAAGUUGGCUAAUUUUUGGAGGAAAUAAAGAAGUUGAAUUGAAUAGAGAAGAAGAAAAUUAUGGAGGAAGGGAAGGAGGAAUUCAAUUAGCUGAAAAUUGGGAAAGAAUAAUUUUGGAACAAAAACAUGAAGAGAAUGGACAAAAUAAUUUUGUUAAUCAACAUAUUAAGUUGAAUCGCCCUCGUUUUGCAGCAACAGAAUUGGGUAUUCGGCCAAACCUUUUAAUAUUUUUAUUGGCCCGUACGUCUACUGCCGCUUCCUUAUAUCAAUUAUUGUCUCGUAAAGUGCCUGUCAAAAUUUUGGUUUCUGCUGGUAAACUUGCUGCUUCUGAUUUUCCUUCAAAUUCUCAGCCAAUUAUUGUUCGUUCAGAUCCUGUUUCGUUGCUCAAUGCCAUUGCCAAUAUUUCUAUCAACAACUCAGCAAAUUGGUACUUACUUUUACCAGAUUCAACAUUUGUCAAUAUUUAUGAAUUAGAACGACUUGUAAAUUCACUUUUAUGGAAUUCCCCCGUCGCUUUUGGAUGGAAUAUUAACGAACUAAAAAAUAAAAACCAAAAUGAAGAAGAUGGAGGUCAUUGUCUUGUUGAAGCUGGAAUUUUAUUUUCAUCACCAGCAAUGAAUGUAUUAGCUCAAGGAAGGCAUUUAUGUAAUGGAUUGGCUUUAGGAGCUUCAGGGAAUGGAGAGAAUUUUGCUUUGGAAACGUGUAUUCGUCUAGCAGCGAAUCUAAGUUGUGUUUCAACAUUUCAAGGAUACGAGCAUCGUUGGUGGCGUGUUUCUUCUGAUGAUCAACAGAGCCUUUCUCCGUCUAUACAUGAUCAAAUUGAACGUCUUGCUCUCCUUCCUCUUUUCAAUAAUUCAUUAACUAUUUCUCCAUUACUUUCCGAAUUGGAUAUAUCUGCUUUAACCAAGCAUUUUUUAAAUGUUGAAUUUACUCGAACUGAAGAAGAAAUCAAAUCGUUAGAAGAAGAAACAGAAAAGUAUUAUUCAAAAGAAGAGACUGGAUGGCCUAUUGGAAUUAUGGAUGCUUCAAAACCAUUAAAUCGAUUUCAAGCUCCAGUAUGGGAAUUAGUUACUUCAGAUUGGAAAAGAUUUAGUAACAAUCCAGAAGAAAGCAGUGCUGAUUUGAGUGAAGAUGAACGUGUAGAAUGGACACAAGUAUUUAACGAAGCAUUAACUAAAAGCCAAUGUUUAAAUGAUGGAGCAAAAUUUGUUGAAGGAUACAAACAUUUCAACCCUACUCGAGGAAUUGAUUAUUUAAUUGAUUUGGAUUGCGAUAAUUCAGAAAUAUUUGAAACGAUACAAGUUAGCAGACCAAUACAUUCUACAAAAUUGUUGGAAAAAGUCCCUUAUGUUAAAGAGGAUCGAGAAAUUGCUCUUUUAGUCCCAGUCGAAACUCCAGCUCAAAUUUACAGUCUUCAUCCCCUUUUGCGUCGAAUUUUAUCAAUUUGUAUGUCUGGAGCAGUAGAAGGACGUCAAUUAAGAGUUUUGGUUGCUGCUAGAAAUGUUGAAGCAUUGCCCCUUCGAUUGUUGGGGGAAAACUUGGCAGAAAUGAGACGAAGAUGUCGUUCAAUGGAAUCAGACCUUUUACUUCUCAAACCAGAUCCAAAUUAUCGAACAACAAUAGAAUUAGCAGCAUUGGAUGAAGCGGUUGAUCGUUUUGGACAACAAAAUCUUUUCUUGCUUCUUUCACCAUUUUCUGAUUUUCAACCAGAUUUUCUUGAUCGAGUCCGGUUAAAUACAAUUCAACAUUUUCAAGUCUUUUUUCCUAUUGGGUUUACAGAAUUUAAUCAAAUUGUAACUGGAUUAACACCUAAAGAAGCUGAAGCAUUUGUAAUUCAUAAAGAUAGGGGAAGAUUUGAUUCGGAUGAUGAAUGGCCAGUAGCUGCAUUAUUUGGUGCCGAUUUUGCUUCAGCUCGUAUUCUUCAUCCAAAUGCUCGUUCAGUCGUUACACUUUUCCUCAAUCAAUCAAAUGUCCACAUUUUCCGUUCAGUCGAGCCUUCACUAAGAAUUAGACCACAUUUACGUGUUUGUACUUUUGAACAUUAUUACCCAUCUAUUGAACAAAGACAACGUUGUGAAAGACGUAGAAGAUUGGCACUUGGAACGAGAGCACAAUUAGCAAAACUUUUUCUUCUGGCAAUAACUCCGUCAAAUGGAUUCGCAUAA